GAUACAUCUCUGAACCACACCAUAAUGUCACGUGUUAAGUGCAACUAUCUUCAGGCGAUACUUUAAGGACAAAGGGAAGGAGUGUCUCUUCAUAUGGGUAGAUCUUUCUUUAGAGAGUGUCCCAGUGUUCCAAAGUGUCAGAGGUGCUGCCACCACGGAGCCAUGAAAAUCAUCACUGUUCUUCUCCUCCUGAGCUUCUGCUGCCCUAUCUCAGAUGCUCUGAAGUGCUAUGUGUGCAGCUCCACCACAACCAAUGACGCAUGCAACCAGUCAUCCCAAACCUGCCAGGCACCCCUUGAUACCUGCAUGACCACUGUGGACACAUUUGGCAAAAUCAAGGCCAUAGGGAAGUUUUGCGCCAGUGCAAGGACCUGCAAAGGAGCAUCGUCAGGGGCCUCAGUGGAUGUGAAUGGCAAUGGGAACCAAGUCACCUGCUGCUCCAGUAACCUUUGUAACAUCAACGGAGUGACUGGUGUUGGGCUAAGCACACUACUGACUCUGGCUGUGUGUUGUAGCCAUGCUGUGCUCAACAUUCUCUGGCUGCUCUGAGAAUUAAUGGAUGACCUCAUAGCAUGGGGGAAUUCAGGCAUAGCCUGCCUCCAGCACAAUAGGCAACAAUUUCACUUAAUAUUUACAGUACAUUUUAUUUACCAAACCAAUACAGAGCUCAUAUAUAUUGUUUCUAUUUAUAUUGAAUUAAUGUGACAAUGUUGUGCGGUAAUAAAGGGAAUGCAUUGUA